AUGUCGAGACGCCAGGGCAAGAUGCCUGGCGACCCGGCCCCGUCCACCCCGAGGCUCCAUCUGCCCUUCACCAGCCAGUACGUCGACGACGCCGACCUGAGCUACCAGCCUGGGGAGAGCUCCACCGCCAACACCAGGCCGCAGCCUAUAUCGUCACCGCCCCGGCCCACCACCAGCAGCGGAGAUACCCCAGAGUACUCGUCGCAAGGUGUGAGAGACAAGACGCAGGAACUCUCCAUGCACGCCCUCUCCGAGUCCGGCUCCUUCCGCUCCCCGAGCGUCCUCGCCCAUCGCCUGUCCGGGGCCGGUAGCCCGCGUGGUCGACGCCCGGCCGAGCUAGCCAACGAUACUUUUGACCAGGAGGGCGCGCGGCGGGACUCUUUGGAACUGCCUUCCCCGGGCAUCAUCGAGGAGGAGUCGGAACCCUCCUCGCCGGAGCCUCUGCAAGAAGCCUUCCGCCCGCGGCCCGUCUCCUCGGCAGGCCCCAGGCCGCGCUCGGCUGCUACCGCCAACGGCGACCCUCAUCGCGAUCCUCGCCGAUCGACCGACGAUCGCCGAGGCCUUUCUGAGACGUCGUCGCUGCUUGCGAACAAGAGGCCGCAAAGCAGGAAGCACUAUGGCUCCACCGCCAACACCGCCGCGGCGGACGUUGAGGGUCAGAGGCACGGGCCGAAGUCAAGGCCCGCAAGGUUCUGGAAUCGGGUAUCGGGCGCCGCCCAUUCGGCCGUCAAUGGGUUCCACAGGGUGACCAAUCCAAAGAGCUGGGACAGAGAGGCAAUUUUCCAAACCGCCGUCGUCGAGCCAGUCCAUGCGGUACCGGCUGUUUUUCUUGGACUGUUGUUGAAUGUGUUGGACGGGCUUUCGUACGGAAUCAUUCUUUUCCCCCUUGGUGAACCGAUUUUUGCCAGUCUCGGUGUCGAUGGCUUGUCCAUGUUUUUCGUCAGCUGCAUCGUUGCCCAGCUCGUUUACUCCCUUGGCGGCUCAACGUUCAAAGGGGCCGUCGGAUCGGAGAUGAUCGAGGUGGUACCCUUCUUUCACAAGAUGACUUACGUGAUUAUGGCGCGGAUGGGGCCAGCAGAGCCCAAAGCCAUCAUCGCAACCGUCGUCGUGUCGUACGCCAUCAGCUCCAUCAUCACCGGUCUUAUCUUCGGCGCACUCGGCCUGUUCAAGCUCGGCAAUCUCGUCAGCUUCUUCCCCCGCAACAUCCUCAACGGCUGCAUCGGGGGCGUUGGUUUUUUCCUAUUCGUGACAGGCAUCGAGGUCUCGGCUAGAAUCGAUGGCAACCUGGAGUACAACUUGGUUACGCUGCACAAGCUCUUCCGUGCAGACACCAUUGCAUUAUGGACUUCGCCGCUUGCCUUGGCCAUCAUCUACAUGGUCAUCAAGCAUUAUUACGACCACCCGGCGCUGAUGCCGGCCUUUAUUGUUUUAAUCACUGGCGUUUUCCACAUAAUUGUCGCCGCCGUAUCGCAUUUUAAUCUUGAUAAGGCACGGGAUGCUGGCUGGGUUUUCGCGAAGCCAGAGUCGGGUGUGCCGUUUUAUCAUUUCUAUACCCUCUACGAUUUCUCGGUCGUGGAUUGGUCUGCCAUAUUCAGGACUAUCCCCACAAUGUUCGCGCUGUCCUUCUUCGGCAUUAUUCACGUGCCGAUCAAUGUGCCGGCACUCGCCUUGUCGGCGAAGGAGGAUGACGUGGAUAUUAACCGGGAGCUCGUUGCCCAUGGUCUGUCGAACGGCCUGUCGGGUUUGGUGGGAAGUAUCCAGAACUACCUCGUUUACGUGAACAGCGUUAUGUUUAUGGAUCAUGGUGGCAACAGCCGCAUGGCCGGUCUCAUGCUUGCUGCAGCUACCACCGGCGUUUGGAUGGCUGGCCCCGGAAUGAUCGGAUAUGUCCCCAUCAUGGUCGUCGGCACCUUGAUCUUCUACCUAGGCAUUGACCUACUGAAGGAGGCUCUCUGGGAUACGCUAGGCAGGUUGACACUGCUCGAAUAUUUAACGAUCGUUACGAUUGUCUUGAUCAUGGGCAUCUACGACUUCGUCUGGGGUGUCCUUGCAGGGAUUGUGCUGGCAUGUCUCACCUACGUCGUUCAAACAUCGCGAACACCAGUCAUCAGGUCGACCUAUAAUGGAGCCAUCGCGCAGUCAACAGUCCGCCGACCUCCGAUGCACCAGAAGUACCUCCGCGAAGUUGGUCAGCAGGUCUACGUUGCGAAGAUUGCGGGCUAUCUCUUCUUCGGAACCAUCGUGUCGGUCGAGAAUGAUAUCCGUAAGUUGGUUGAUGAGGAGCAAUUCCGGACCCGGCCGAUCCGAUACGUUGUGUUGGAUAUGGUCCACGUGAUUGGAAUAGACUAUUCUGCUGCCGAGGUCUUGGUACGGCUCAACCGGAUCCUCCACCGCCGGAACGUCACACUGGUGAUUUCGAGCAUUUCUCUCAACGAUGAGGUCGGCCAAGGCUUGUCUAUGGUAGGCUUGUUUGCGCCAGCAGAGAGCAACGACGAGCAUUGCCCGCCUCCCCAGAGGUUUGAGACUCUGAACAAGGCGCUGGAAUGGUGUGAGAACGAACUGCUAGGUACUCUGCACGAGCGUGCCAGAUCGUUGGGAGGUUCACCCAAAGAGGCUGGGCCACUUUCCAUCACGCCACCCAAGCUCAACGGCAUCGAAGCAAACCCGUUCGACGGGGCAUUCAACUCGCCUCGGCGGGCUUUUCUGCAUGAGGCCGCCAAUCUCGCCCUCAAGGAUCACAAGAACGCGACGGUCGACGAGCACAGCAACGUGCUUACGCCGGACAAGUGGAAGAACUUCGCCCAGCCCAUCCCCCUCAUGCUGCUGACCUUCCAAGACCUGUCUGACCGCGACAUCGACUUCUGGCACCGGGCCACGCCGUACUUCCAGCGGUGCGAGUUCACGGCGGGCACGGUGCUGUACUCGCGGGGCGAUGACCCCAACGGCUUUUAUCUGGUCGAGAAGGGGUCGCUGCGCGCCGACUACGACCUCGAGCAGGGCCACUACUACGAGUCGAUCCAGGCGGGCACCACGUGCGGCGAGCUGCCGUUCUUCAGCGAGACGGACCGCACCGGCACCGUCGCAGCCGAGACUGAGACGGUCGCGUGGCUGCUGACGCGCGAGAAGUGGAAGGAGCUGGAGAGGAAGCAGCCGGAGGUGGCGAGCGAGCUGUUGAGGAUCUGUCUGAAGUUGACGAGUGAGCGGAUGAAUGCUAUCACCUCGUAA